UGAAAAAUAAAAAGCAUAUUGAUACUGUUGUUGUAACUCUGGUUUCAGAAACCAGCGUCUGUAUAAUUUUUUUGGGGUUGAUUGAGUCUAUCGGGUUUUGAUAAUCUUCUGGGUCAAAAAAUUCAGGAGAAACAUAUAUAUGUGUGUGUAUAUAUAUAAUGCUAAAGAACAGACAGAUCUUGGGUUGUUCAUCGGGCUUCGUUUCUCAUCGCUGGAAGCCAUAUUCUGCUACAGGUGGUAGCCUCUCCUUCCUUUCUAUCUCCACCUGCUCCAACCCAUCAUUAUCUUAUUCCUUUUCUUCUUCGUCAUCAACGUUGUUGUCCACAACUACCACCACUUGGUCCUCUUCCACUCGCCGCCCUCGUUUUGGAGCUUUCAGCAUGUCCUCAGCUCCUUCUGGGUCCAACCCAGAUGGCCCUUCGUCUUCAGUUACGGUUCAGUCUGCUGGCAAUGCUCGUAAGAUUAAUUUCUGCCAGUCGUGUGGUGGUCCAACAAAGUAUGAGAUACCCGAUGGUGAGGAGAAGAUAAGAGCUAUAUGCACAGUUUGUGAGAGGAUUGCCUAUGAGAACCCAAAAAUGGUUGUAGGUUGUCUGAUUGAGCAUGAUAACAAGGUCCUACUUUGCAAAAGGAAGAUUCAACCAUCAUAUGGCCUUUGGACUCUUCCUGCAGGUUACAUGGAAAUUGGGGAAUCAGCUGCAGAAGGAGCCAUCAGGGAAACUUGGGAAGAAGCAUGUGCAGAAGUGGAAGUGGUGUCACCUUUUUCUCAAUUGGACAUCCCACUAAUUGGCCAGACUUAUGUAAUUUUCUUAGCAAGGCUCAAGACACCCCACUUUUCACCAGGUCCAGAAUCAUCAGAAUGCCAGCUUUUUGCCCUUGAUGAGAUACCUUUUGAUUCUCUGUCAUUUUCGUCAAUGGUUGUUACCUUAAAAUUGUAUAUUGAAGACGUAAAGGCCGGAAAGCUCAAUUUCCACUAUGGUACCAUUAAUAAAAGGCCCGGCACAAGUCCUUCUGACAUUCACGCGUAUACUUUAGAUUAUCAUCUACAGUCAUGACAAGAUGUUGCAGAACCCAGUUGGUGUCUGAAAAUUGGAGUUGAAACUUUUAAGCGCAUCGGUGACGCAGGGAGUGUAUCUUCGUAGAAAAAUGGAGCCGGUAUAUCUUCUCCAACCUCAGAACCCGCUGUACCGAUCGAAAUUUGAUGUUGGCUCUACUACUUGGCACUCUGCAUAAUGUCAAAUUAUUCAGCCGUACUGUCAGUAGAUGUGCAUAUUUCUGGAGCUGUCUCAAAAUGCCCACUUCUCCUGUAGAGAACCAGACUGUGUAAAGCUUGAACAGAGAUUCAAAAACUAAUGAAUUUUUUUUCUCUCCA